AUGUAUCAACGCUUAGGAACGACUUUGAUGCUGUUGGUAUUCUACCUAUGUUGGGAACACUAUGAAAGUUUCAAUCAUGUAGAUCGGUGUCCUGUGACCAUGUGCAAGUGUUAUCCUAAAACAAUGAUGGUUAACUGUACUGGAAGUGCUGUGCAUUAUGUUCCGGUUUUCCCGGCGUAUACACGAACUGUAAUAUUUACAAAGACAAACUUUCCGAAAAUAACGGGGAAGUUUUUGUUCAAUCUGACCUUAGUCCAAGUGGAAAGAUUACAUUUCAUCGAUACUUUGACUAACAUGAUAGACCCGGAUGCAUUCACCAAUCUAACGAACAUGUUUUCCUUGGAGAUCAGCAGAAAUGGUGACUUACCGCAGAAUGUAAUAUCAAACAUUCUACAGUAUUCGCCUAGAAUACGAAUUCUUUCGUUAAAAUCCAAUCUCUGGAAGACCAUUCGGAAAGACAUGUUCUCGGAAGUACAUAAUUCCUCAAUUCAAACGUUGUCCUUCAGUGACAAUUUAAUCGAGAAUAUAUAUGGAAGUUAUUUCUCUAGUUUGCAUUUUCUGCAAAAUUUGGAUUUAUCGAACAAUCUUAUCUCGAACUUCAAUUGCACCGGAUUUGAGUCUACUUCAAUAUCCUAUAUACACCUGGCAAACAAUGCCAUGCGAGAGUUGCCAUCUUUUUGUGGACCGACCGGACAGUCUACAGGAAAAAUCAAGACACUUAUCUUUCGUCAAAAUUACCUCCAUAAUCUGGAUGAAUAUUCUUUUCAGUGUUUACCAUUUUUGCGAAAUCUAUAUCUUGAUAAGACUUCUCUCGUAACUAUACGCAAUAACACAUUUGCACGGUUACCAAAACUGGAAAAACUCUCAAUGACUUCCAACGGUGAUCAUUUACGUUACAUUGAAGGAUUUGCAUUCAACUCUUCAAGUCUUAAAAAGUUGUACUUUGGACAAAAUCGAUACAGAUUUGAAAAGGUCUCUUGGCUAUAUGGGAAGUUGUUUCAUUCCUUACCGAACCUCUUGUUGCUUGAUCUCACAGGAAAUUUCUUACCUUCGGAUUCCCAAUCUCUUCGGGAAUUGUUUACACCAUUGGUUAAGUUAGAGAAGCUUAUACUACAGAAAACAGCCUUGAAAGGACUUCCUCGCAACGUCUUUCAGCAAAUGCCUAAUUUGAGAUCUUUGAUCCUUAUCGGGAACUACAUAAGUGGUUGGAACGACGACCCUGAAGUGUUUGGUAACGUAACAUCACUACGAAGCUUAUACCUUGACGGAAAUAACAUAAAAGUCGUAAAUAAGACGUCAUUUCAGGAAAGUUUCCUAAAUUCGUUAGAUAAAUUUUGUAUCACCAAUAACCCCUUUUCAUGCACGUGCGAUUUGAUGUGGUUCCUUGACUGGAUGAAGUCCACAAAACAUACGGAAAUUGUCAACUAUCCUCGGAGAUAUACUUGUAGAUUUCCUCCUGAAAUGAACAACGUGCUGUUGAAGAAUUACAAUCCUACUGUGGAAACGUGUUCACGUUUGAAUUUUCCACUCAUCAGAAACAUCUGUAUCGCUGUAUUCGUACCGUCAGCUAUCAUUCUUAUCACUAUAUCACUCGCCUAUAAAUUUCGUUUCCGAUUGAACUACUGGCUGCACAUUCUUGGAAUAAAGAGAGUUGGUUACAAACGAAUUAAGGAUGACCGGGACUACGAAUACGAUGCUUUCGUUAUCUAUUCAAAUGACAGCAGGGACUUUAUUUUCGAUCACAUGAUCCCAGAAUUGGAGGAGAAAGCUGGUUGUAGGCUAUGCGUACAUGAAAGAGAUUUCGAGGUAGGGCGGUUCAUUCUGGACAAUAUAACGAGAAAAUUUGAGGUCAGUAAAAACAUCAUUCUUGUCUUGUCCAGAGAUUUCCUAAACAGCGAAUGGUGUAAGUUCGAACUUGUGUUGACUCAGUCGAAAACCGCAGUGGAGGGCCCCGGGGUGUUAACGGUGAUAUUACUUGAGGAACUAGACACUGCUGUAUUACCCUCCUCUGUUCGGGCCAUCCUGGACACCGUCACAUACACUGAAUGGUCGCAAGAGAACGUUAGGCAGAGCAGGAUAUGGGCCAAAGUGAUAACUGCAUUGAAUGCACACGGUUUAGACGGUGGAGCUCAUUGACACAUUUACCACCAUUCUCUUGAGAAUAGUUUGAUCAUGGGAUACAUAUGUGGUGUUUCAUG